AUGGAGAGUGCACCCAACCUCGACGGCGCCUCAUCCGCCGCUGGGAGCUCCCGACGCAAGAGAGAAGCGCCGUCUCGACUAGACGAGAGCUCUCAGCAGAGACUGUCGUGGUGUGCCAGACAAACGGAGCCGCCAGAAGAAGAAAUAGACGUGGACGAGAUCGGACAAUCCUUGCCUGCUCCGGAGACCCCGUCGAAGAAGCGGAAAUCAGCUGGAUCAUCCAUCAUUUCGAUGAUAUCCAAGCAUUACGAUCAUUCCGUGAAACUGAUUCCGACUGCGGGCUCGCACAGCACUUUGUUUCAAUUGGGGGAAUUCAACUUGACGGGAUCGAAUCUGGACCCCUCGCUCAUCAGCACCGGAGCUUACUGGACGGUCGAUAAGGAUAAAGAUAUGCACGUCUUGUGGGAAUUGGGAGGGGGCUCGGAGAUUCGAUCGUGCAAAGUCAGCACCGAUCUGCCUGAAGAUGUCGUCGAAGCCCUACUUUGCCGGAACAGACGGUUCCAGGCCCCGAUAAUCAGCAUUCAGGGCAGCUCGGAACUCGAGCUCAACCUGGCGAUUUUCAUUCCGGAGUCGCUCGUUCCUGUACUAGCGAGUCGGCUCGAAGCCGUGAGCUGCUCAGGGAUGCAAGACAUGAAGAAACUGGUGUCGUUUUUCCACAAUGUCAGCUACCGAGAGAACACAACAACUCUCGAGGAUUCCGAGGACUACGAUCGCCUGUUCCAGACGGUCCUGGACGACCAACGGAGUCAGGGCAUUUUACCGAUCUCCACACCGGUCUACUGUCCGCUUAAGGUUACCCUCCGAGACUAUCAACGGGAGGCAGUGGCGUGGAUGUGUCGCAUGGAAACCGAGCCUCAAUCUGAGGAGUGCGAAGAAUUGUGGCGAACAAUCGAAGACAAGAGAGGUCGAAGCGUAUACUACAACCGAUUCCUAGGAUGCUUCGCGCGGAGUAUCCCCCCAGCACACAACAAAGUCACCUUCCGUCCCGGAGGCAUCCUAGCCGAUGAAAUGGGUCUAGGGAAAACUCUGGAGGUAAUCGCGCUCGUCUUGAGCCGACCCCGCCCCGGCUUUCCCGUAACGGACGAGGACACUGGAAUCGUCAUAGAGGAAGAUAAAAAAGAAGCGUGUCGAUACACAUGCGGGAGCUGCAACAGCUCCGUGAUAGCGAGCUGUCCGGCGAAUGUCUCGGCGAAAUGCCCUCAGUGCUGGGCCUCUUCGGAGACCCUGUUCCCGAUCAGAGCGACUCUGAUCGUUUGUCCAGCGAGUAUUUGCGAGCAAUGGACGGACGAGAUCAACUGGCUCGUCGGAGAAUGCUCCUUGCGGGUGUUCGUCUAUCAGGGGGUUCGGCACCAUGGCUACGUCCCACCGGAUCGCUUGAAUAAAUUUGACUUGAUCAUAACGACCUACGGAGUUUUAAGAAAGGAGAUAUACCACGCGAAUGUGACCACAGCUCCUGCGGACGGUCAGCGCAGGUUGCGCACACCGAAACGGCACAAGGCAAUGCCGUCACCAUUAGUAUCGGCAGAGUUCUGGCGGGUGGCCUUGGAUGAAGCACAAAUGGUCGAGUCUUCAACCGUGAAAGCGGCUCAGAUGGUCUUAUCGAUACCGGCUAUAAAUCGAUGGUGCGUGACGGGUACGCCGAUUCAUAAAGAUCUGAACGAUAUCUUCGGUUUGUUCGUUUUUCUCCGAGUCGCCCCGUAUGAUCAAAUGCUGUGGUUCAGGGAGCUGAUCCUAAAACCUUACUACUCGGGAGAUAUGAGUACCUUAGUCAAGACAAUGACAAAAUGUUUCCGACGGAUGAGCAAGAAAGAAGUCUGGGAUCAGUUGAACCUACCGGCUCAGCAUACCCAUAUGAACGAACUACAAUUUUCUCCGGCUGAAGAAGUUUUCUACAAGACACAAACCGUUAUAUGCUAUGAAGAUGCUUACAAAGUUGCCAAGAGAUUCCCCUGGUACAACAUAAUCUCUAAAAUGCCGAGAUCCGAUGUCAUCAAGCUCAUGGAACCCCUUAAAAGACUCAGACAGGCCUGCUCUCACCCCAAGGCGGUGCGCGGAUCAGAAAUUUCUCUGAAGAACUCCUCGUAUACGAUGGACGAUCUCCUCACGGCUCUGAUUAAACGCUCAGUCCGGGAGGCGGAGGAAGCACAGAGGCGAAUAAUCUCGUCCCUCAACGGUUUGGCCGGCUUGGCCCUGUUGAGACGAGAGCCCUUGGUCGCUGCUGACUUCUACCGACAGGUCCUUUGGUCGAUCUCCUACUACUCUGGAAAUCUACGAGCGGAUCCACUCCAACAGUUCCACACCUACGUUAAUUUGGCUGCGUUAAUAGAGGAGAACGAUCAACAGAUGCGGACUGCGGGAGGACUCGCGGCCGGGAGGUGGAAUGGGCAGGAGGCACCGAAUCAAUCGGGAUACGGCGUCAGAGGCGUGACGUCCGAUUGGCAGAGCGAUCAUCAAUUCAAUCCCGUUCCCCUGAUACCGAGGGCGACUGGUGAUGAUAAACUGAUGGAGCACGCGUAUCAGGUGCGCGACAAAUACCUGUCGAAAUACGGCGAACGACAACGGCAAGCCAUGCUCUCGGUGACGAAUUAUCGAAAUGAUCUGCAGAAGCUGAGCGAUCGGUUCAGGUUACCGAAGGAGGAGAAGUGGUACAUCUCUUUCAUCGAUGGAUUUCAGGCCAAAGAUGACGGCGAGCGCCUGAUCCAGAAACUCAAGGAGCAUCUCGUGGAGAACAAGGGCGCCUAUGGCCUUUCUUUGGUCAACAGGUUCACCGACUGUAAUGGCCUGAAGUAUGUGAUUCAGAAUCAUUUGGAUGCCCUCUACGAAAGUCGGGGGCAUCUGAUGAAGGUUAUCGAUCAGUUCGCGUCGGAUCCUUCUAAGGAGGACAUCCAAGCUGCUAUAUCGUGCCAUUUGCGUCCAAUCAAGAAGAAAAGGCCGCGUUGUCGAUAUUGUCUGGUCCAGGAUAUUCUACUAGCCUACGAGAGCAAAUUGUUCUCCUGUGAUCCGCUCUCCCCCAAGAAGGAGGAAAGCGAGGCCGAGCAAGAAGUCGAUGAGGAUGACAACGCUGCAGCUGAAGACCUGACCCGCGGCGAUGGAGUCACCCGAAAAGGAACUUGGCAACUCUCGGACGUUGAAAAAAUUGUGAUAUAUUUGGCCGCUUUGACAAAAACGAAUAAUGAAUCUGAGGACAUUCAAUUCGACGGCGCUUUGCACUGUGAAUAUCUGAGUUUGUUGCGCAAAGAAUUCAAGAGUUUCGGUGCGUGCUAUCGCCAAACCAAAGAUUACGUGGCAGCCUUGGACGAACUCGAGAUGGCGGCUCUCAAGUUCGAGCUAGCACCCGACGACAAGAUUUUCAAAAAUUCGGAAAAACCUGCGAACGUUGUCCAUCUCUGGGAAAUCGAUGCGCAGGCAGCUCGUCUCCACAACGACAAAAAACUCGGCGAGGAAGAUCUCUGCAAAUGCCUCCAUCAACUCGUCUACUUGAGAACGCUGGAGAAGACCAGCUCCAUGACGGAAGGUUCGACCGAGGAGUGCCCAACUUGUCGUUCUGCUCUCGGCGAACGUUGGAGAGUUUUUCAUUGCGGUCAUAAUAUCUGCAUCGAAUGUCUCCAAAUGCUCAUCAAGACUCAGUGCCCCGUGGUACGGAGCCAGACAAGUGUGCGGGUGCAGUGUCCAAUGUGCCGAGUUUAUUCGAAACUCGAAGACAUAUUCCACGUGGACACGAGGAGAAAAGAGAAUGAGCCGUCGAACAUCAAGGUGAUCGGAAGCCAUUCAACCAAGGUCACCGGGGUUGUGGAGAACCUGAUAAGGAUCAGAAACCAAGACCCUUUGAUGAAAUGCAUCGUCUUCUCGCUCUGGCCGUCGGUCCUUUUCAUCCUGCAGAAAGCCUUCGCUGAGAACAACAUCAGCAAUGUGCUUGUGGCGUCCACCAACCAACUGCAACGAAACUUGAGAUAUUUCAAGAAGAAUCCUCAGAUCUCGGUUUUAUUAAUGCCCAUCAAACUCGGCUCUAAAGGUUUGAACUUGACUGAAGCCUCGCACAUGAUCCUGAUUGAACCUGUCCUAGACUCUGGGGACGAACUACAGGCUCUCGGUAGGAUCCACCGGAUAGGUCAGAACAAGGAAACUCAUGUUCAUCGAUUCAUUGUGAAAAACACCAUCGAAGAAAAACUCAUAAAAUUCACUAAAGGCGCUGAGAAUCAAGAGACGCCAAUUGUCGAGAGGGAGAAAGAAGAAGAGGGUAUGACUGUUGCGAAAAUGCUGACUCUGCUAACUCAGGAGAAGGACCGUUACACGAACAACAACCUCAGCUCACUCUGA